AUGCCAUCAAAAGAUCCCGCUACCUACACGCAGGAAGCCGUAGAAACAGACCAACCGAAUAAAAAACUGCAUUGGAAGCAACGCGCCGCCAUCAAACGAGAACAACAAUACGCACAAAUACCACCAGAAUGGCGACUCGAUCCGUUGCCAUCGCCAUUGCCCAGAUCAACUCUUGACUACAUUAAUGACUGCCCGCUGCUAACGCCACUCGAACACAGCAUCACAUCAACAACAUCGGCAACGAGAUUACUCUCACAGAUCAAAUCACGCGAGCUGAGCUCGCUGCAAGUUGCGACAGCUUUUUGCAAACGAGCGGCAAUCGCGCAGCAGUUGUCACGAUGCUGUACAGAGAUGUUCUUCGGCAAGGCAAUGAAACGCGCGGAGGAGCUUGAUCGCUAUCUGGAGGAAACGGGCGAACUGUGUGGACCUCUUCAUGGGCUUCCAGUGAGCUUGAAGGAUGGGACAGAUAUCGAAGGCGAGGAUACAACCUUAGGCUGGGUCGGUCUCGCAGGCAGACCUGCGGAGAAGGACUGCUUGCUGGCCGAGUGUCUGCGUAAGCAAGGCGCAGUGCUAUACUGCAAAACGAAUAUACCUCAGUCACUAAUGAUGUCCGACUCAUACAACCAUUUGUUCAAACAAUCGGUGAACAGUCUUAAUCGUAAUCUAAUAUCAGGUGGAAGUUCAGGAGGAGAAGGCGCUCUAAUUGGAUGUCACGGCAGUAUUGUUGGGGUUGGGACCGAUAUUGGUGGCAGCAUCCGAAUUCCUGCCAACCUCCAGGGCCUUUAUGGCCUCAGUCCCACGGUUGGCCGGUUUCCCUGGCACCCAUCCGUGAUACGCGACAACAUUGUCAAUGGCGUCGCUGGCCCACUCAGCUGCACAAUUGACACACAAGAGGUGUUCUGGGAGAGUCUUCUUGCCGCCGAGCCCUGGAACUUCGAACCCACCUCGUACUCAAUUCCCUGGCGGAGUCACUUGGCGGCAAAGCCCUCACGCAAGCUCAAAAUUGGAUACUACGUCGAUGAUGGAAUGGUCAAAGUCCAGCCACCGAUUGAGAGAGCGGUACAUGAGGUUGUGGAAAAGCUGAAGUCAGCUGGCCACGAGGUCGUACAGUGGGACAUAUCAUCGCAUCGAGAAGGUCAACGGCUGUGGCUGAAAGCUGUUCUUGCGGACGGUGGCCGCAGAUUCAGGAAGCUCUGCGAACAGUCAGACGAGCCACUUGUGGAGGGCAUGCUGGUAGGCACCGAGGACGACCGACUAGAUGUCGACGAAGCCAAUCAAGUGUCCAACGACCGACUCGCCUACCAGAAAUCGUACAUGCGUCGCUGGAUGGACGCAGGAGUCGAUGCACUGAUCAUGCCUGUACAGCCGUGGGUAGGCUUCCCUCCCAAGAUAUGGGUGCAAUCAAGUCAGAAUGUUUCGUAUACUUCACACUGGAAUCUUGUCGACUUUGCGGCCCUGGCUGUUCCUGUCACGACGGCGAGUCUAGGUGAUGUCGGUUCAGAAGCGUGGAAACAUCAUCAGCCAAGGGAUGUUAGUGACGAUUUCAACUGGAAGCAAUAUGAUCCCGAACUGGUUCAGGGUAUGCCUGUUGGCGUGCAGAUUGUUGGAGGACGAUUCGGAGAGGAGAGAUGCCUUGCAGUGGCUAAGGUUGUCGAGGAGGCACUACGACAAUAG